UUCACAUUAGUCCACUUUCUAAUGUUAAAAAUCCAACCUUUUUUCUCCAUGCCCCUGCACACACACACACACACACAAAUUACGGACAGAGGAAGGAAAAAAGAAGGGUGAAAGACAGCAAAAAUAAAGCAAAAAAUGGGGGAAGAAGAAACAGGGGAGGAGUAUUUGUUCAAAAUAGUGGUUAUAGGUGAUUCAGCAGUGGGAAAAUCCAAUUUGCUGUCCCGUUUUUCUAGAGAUGAGUUUGACCAUAACUCUAAAGCCACCAUUGGAGUGGAGUUUCAGACUCAGAUGGUGGAGAUCGAUGGCAAGGAGGUGAAGGCCCAAGUGUGGGACACUGCUGGGCAAGAGAGAUUCAGGGCUGUCACUUCUGCUUAUUACCGGGGGGCUGUAGGGGCUCUUGUUGUGUAUGAUAUUAGCAGGAGGACUACUUUUGAGAAUGUCAAAAGAUGGCUUGAUGAACUUAACACUCAUUGUGACACAACUGUAGCAAGAAUGCUGGUCGGGAACAAGUGCGAUUUAGAGAACAUAAGAGAGGUGAGCGUGGAGGACGGGAAAAGCCUUGCAGAAGAAGAAGGAUUAUUUUUCAUAGAGACAUCCGCUUUGGAUUCUACCAAUGUGUACAAGGCUUUUGAGAUUGUUAUCCGUGAGAUCUUCAACAAUAUUAGUCGGAAAAUUCUCAACUCCGAUUCCUACAAGGCUGAAUUGUCUGUCAACCGGGUUAAUGUUGACUUAACGAAGCAAAAUAAGAGCACUUACGCCUGCUGUUCUUCUACAUGACUUCUGGUUUUCUGCCUAUUUCUUGUUCCUCGGCUGCAGUUUUAUUUCAUUGCUGAAUUUGUGCUGGUUUUGAUACUAGAUCGGGCAUUAGGAUCAACCUGAAAUAAUAUAUGUAACAUUAUCCUUGAGCUACAAUCAAUGCUCGUGUUAUAUAUUGAAGGUCGUUAAAUUUUAUCUGUUCCUUGCA